AAACAAUCACAGUGGCAUUUUAGUCUUUUCGUUGCUUUCGUAAUACCUCUGUUGCCUCCUUCAACAAUAUACUUUUCAGUUGCAGGAGCCAGAUCUCUGCACUACACAGACACAGACUCUGAAGAGGAAAAAAAAAAAAAUCUUUCUCCUCAUUGCCGUCACCUCCAAUUCUGGUCGCCGAAAUACGCUAUGUCGUCUGCUCAAGAUCCAUUUUAUAUCGUCAGAGAGGAGAUUCAAGAAUCGAUUGAUAAGCUGCAGUCUUCUUAUCGUCAAUGGGAAAAUAGUCCUGGUGAUGGUGCUGAGCAUGUGCAUCUCACGAAGGAGCUACUCGCCUCUUGCGAGAGCAUUGAGUGGCAGGAAGGUGGAUGAAUUGGACAAAACAAUUUCUGUUGCAAGUAGAGACCCUAGUUGGUAUGGCAUUGAUGAAGUGGAACUUGAGAAACGAAGGAGAUGGACGAGCACAGCUCGUACUCAGGUUGGCAACGUGAAGAAAACAGUUGUAGUUGGACUGGAUCUGAAUGGUUUUGGUACUACUAGUGCAAGUGGAAUGCGCCGGGAACUAAUGAGGAUGCCUAACAAUCAUCAGACAGACAGAUCCAACCAGUAUGCAAUCCAAGAUAAUGAUGAUUUUAUCCAAUCGGAAUCAGAUAGACAGAUGCUUCUCAUAAAGCAACAAGAUGAGGAUUUGGAUGAGCUUAGUGAGAGUGUGGAGAGAAUCGGAGGCAUUGGGAUUACCAUACAUGAUGAACUCCUUGCACAGGAGAAGAUUAUUGAUGAUCUGGGUACAGAAAUGGAUAGUACAUCAAAUCGUCUGGAUUUUGUUCAGAAAAAAGUAGCUAUGGUCAUGAAGAAGGCUAGUGCGAAGGGUCAGAUAAUGAUGAUAUGCUUUCUGCUAGCUCUGUUCAUCAUCCUAUUUGUUCUGGUCUUCUUUACCUAGGCUAAAGAGCAAAACAAAACUACGAUGUUCAUAUAUAGAGAGGGUAUUUAAUCUCGAGUAAUACUAUAUACAUUUAUAAUAAGUAUCAAUUUGGGUAUUAAUAAUGAUCUGUCAUUAUGUAAUUGAGUAUUAUUUUAAUCUUAAUUCAAAAUCAUACAAUUAUAUGGUGACACAUCAUUAUUGAUACCCAGAGUAAUACUCAUUAUAAGUGUACAUAGUUUUAUUGUUUAACCUUUGGGAAGCGGAAUACUUAAAAAAUUGAAUGGGUGAAUUGGAUGUGUUGAGCUCGAAUAAUUGACGGUGAGGAAAUGCUCAGUUAAAGAAGAAUCUGUAUUCUUGAAGGUUUUUUUGUUACUUUAAACUUUACUAGAAUUCUUUCAAAUUUGUUGGAUUAGAGUUCAUAUAAUUGUGAUGUGUUUCUCCUUUGCAUGUAAUGUUUGUAUGUAUGUUUCAAGUUCUCUUAUAUAUAAGGAUUUUGCCUUUGUCAAGA